ACCGACCUUAGGAACGGCGCCGAUAUCAUUACAAGCUACCGAUCUCCUCGCAAGCAUCACUUAGUAAACCUCCACAUCAAGCCCGCGUCUCCCAACACAUCUAGGCGAUAAAUCAUUCCUCAAUACAGUUCCAAAUCGCGCUAUUUGCCCGUCAUGAAUCACUUUCCCGAAGCUUGGGGUCGCCCUAGGGAUGACGUUUACGGAGCAUACAACCCUUUAUAUCUUCAGACUACUGGCCCGAAAGCCCACACUCAGUCACCUGCUGUGACUGGAACGUCGGUAGUGGCAGUCAAGUUCAACGGCGGAGUUGCCAUUGCUGCCGAUAACUUAGCAUCAUACGGGUCUCUUGCUCGGUUCACCGAUGUGAAACGCCUUCGCAAGUUUGGCGAGUCUGCCAUUGUCGGAUUCAGCGGUGACGUUUCGGACAUGCAGUAUAUCGACCGUCUAUUGGAAUCCAUCGAUAUCAGGGAAAAUUACUCUACCAACGGCAACACUUUGAACGCCAAAAACCUUCACACCUAUUUGUCCAAAGUCCUCUACAAACGUCGUUCCGAAUUCAACCCCCUCUGGAACCACAUCCUGGUGGCCGGAUUUGAUGAAGAUAAGAAACCAUUCCUCAGCUCUGCAGAUCUGCUGGGGACCACCUUCUCGGCUCCACAUCUGGCAACCGGUUUUGGUGCCCAUCUUGCCAUCCCUAUUCUUCGUCGCCUGUUCCCCGAAGAGACGCCCCUUGAGUCAAUCAGCAAGGAUGAGGCCGUGGCAGCGCUCAGGGAGUGUAUCAAGGUUCUCUGGUAUCGGGAUGCCCGGAGUCUCGAUAAAUAUUCCUUAGCUGUUGUCACUGAAGCAGGAAUUGAAAUUCAGGAGGACCAACAGGUUGAAGCCCAGAGCUGGGCAUUCGCAGAAGCCAUCAAGGGAUACGGGGCUCAGGUCAACUAGGGUUUGGCAUUGAAACCAUGCUUGUGCUACUUAACUAAUAGAACAAAUUUAAGAGACUAUGUUAACCGAAAGUCACAACCCCCCGUUUCUUGUUUAUGAGUUCCUAUAUAUCAAGAUGAACAGACUACCAGGGAGGCUUGGAUGAAUUCCAC